AUUUAAGGAAAAAUUUGUUUGCCAAUGUUGUCUUAUCCGGUGGUUCGACACUUUAUAAAGAUUUCGGUACUAGGUUGUUGAGUGAAAUAAGGAAAUUGGCAGUCAAGGAUAUUAAGAUUAAGAUUUUUGCACCAUCAGAAAGGAAAUAUAGUACAUGGAUUGGUAGUUCUAUAUUGGCAGCCUUGAACGAUUAUUCUAUUGAAGACGUUCUUAAAGUUGAUGAAAAUGAGAUUAUUGGCAAACCAUUAUUGGUUUUUGACUAA